AUGAAUCAUCGUUACUCGAGAGAGGAGAAAGGCAAAGAUCUGGCCUCCUCUUCUCACCGCUGGAUCAGAGACCCUCAAAUACGGCUUCCGGAUGAAUCGAACCCCGACCUCGUCGAAGCUCAUCGACUAACCCUAAUCGGUCGGGUUCUCAAUCCAAGCGUUCAGAAACCUAAGGCACUGAUUGGAUUUAUGCCACAAGUGUGGCAUAUGGAAGAAAAGAUCGUCGGUAAAGACCUAGGAUCUGAGAAGUUCCACUUCAAAUUCAAGAUGGAAGAAGAUAUACAAUCAGUCCUUAACGAAGCCCCUUUUCACUUCAAACGAUGGAUGUUUGUCCUUCACUGCUGGGAGCCAGUAAUCUCUGAUGCCUAUCCAUCGAUCAUUCCCUUUUGGAUUAAGGUUCAUGGAAUCCCGGCUCACUGCUUCACCGAGAACAAUCUAGGCAAUGUGCUGGGCAAGUAUAUGGCUCAUGACGUCGUUGAAAUGAUGGUCUGUGUUGAGAUCAAUGCUCUGAAACCUCUGAUCAAGAGGAAGGCGAUACAAUUCCCCUCAGGGGUGGAGGUCUCUGUAGAGUUUGAAUAUGUCAGACUGGAGAAACACUGCUUACACUGUAUGUCUUUAAGCCACGAAAAGGAGAACUGCCCACACCAGUCAAAACCUAGAGAAUCUGAUCUACAGAAUUCCCACAUCAACAGCCAACAGACCCUUCAGAGACUCGAAGAAGACAGGAAAAAGAAAGAUGAUCGCAGAGGUCGCACUCAGACUAACCGUCAGGACCCCUCUUAG